AUGACUGAAUCAAACUUAUCAAAGAGCGACCUGUUAGAAAUAUGCAGUAGUCUAGGAUUGCCAACUGAAGGAAACAAAAUGGACUUGGUUCAUAAAUUAAAGGAAUAUUCCGGUGUUAUAAACCGUGGGAAAGGAAAAGAAAAAGACGUAUUAGCAGGUCCAAGUACUUUGGGGCAAGAAAUUGCCGAUGAUGCUUCAAUACGGAAGUCACUUGCAGAAGAAGGUCCCUCAGGAUCCCUAGAAGAUAAAGUGUUGUUAGGAUUUGAAAAAUUAGAAAAUGCUCUAUUAAAAUUUGAUGAAAAGUUAAAUGCAGUAACACGUCAAGUGCAAGAAACAAAACAAAAGGCUGAACAUGAGUAUGAUGCGUUGCGAUCCAUCGGAAAAGAGCUUGACUUGGCAAUGGAAUCCAGAACAACAACUGAUGUCGCAAAUCAUAUCAAUUUUGCUAGAGAGAAAACUGAGGACAGAAUGUUUACAUUGAGGGUGGCUAGUGUUUCUAAUGAACCUAGGUUCAAAGUUCAUGAACAUGUUCAAA